CUCAACACAUACACCAUAAGGUGGUUUCAUCAGCAAAAGACUGCACGACCAGCGGCUUACUCAGCUCAGCUAUAAGUAAAAACUUGGUCCGACAAUUUUUCCCUUCACAAGUAACGAAAUAUGUUUGAUUCUAUUGAAAGCGCAAUUGAAGACUUCAAAAACGGAAAGUUUUUGAUCGUCAUGGACGAUGAGUCUCGUGAAAACGAGGGAGACCUCAUUAUUGCAGCAUCCGCUGUGACCACAGAGAAAAUGGCAUUCUUGGUCAAACAUUCAAGCGGCUAUGUCUGUGUGCCCAUGACAGGGGAACGUUUGGAUCAGCUUGGUAUCCCCAUGAUGUGCAAACAAAAUGAAGAACGCAUGCGCACUGCUUACGCAGUAACGUGCGAUUAUGCAGAUGGAACCACCACCGGUAUUUCUGCCCAUGAUCGUGCCUUGACAACUCGUCAGUUGGCUAAUCCAUCUGUGACAUCGCCCUCAGCCUUCAACAAGCCUGGACACGUUGUGCCUCUGCGUGCUCGUACUGGAGGUGUUUUGGCUCGUGACGGUCACACAGAGGCCUCUGUUGAUCUCUGUCGACUUGCGGGUCUAGAGCCUGUCGCCGCAAUUUGCGAAAUCGUUCGAGAGGACGACGGUCUCAUGGCUCGCACAGAGGAAUGCGUCAAGUUCUCCAAGCAGUGGGGGAUCAAGAUCAUUAGCAUCAAACAACUCAUUGACUACAUCAAGGCCCACCCUGAGGCAUUGAAGUAGGUUCUUGGUAGGAGCAAAUCGUGCCCUACUGGGUUUUAUCUUUAUGGAUGUACCUUAUUAUGAAAGCAUGUUUCAUAUAAUGAGUGAAUACAAGCACAACUUAAUCAUUCUUGUACUGUCGGCCCAUAUUUGCAGUUUAAAAAAAAAGAUGGACAUCCAAACAAAAUUGAAUAAAAUAAACGAAAUGAAACCAUACACAGCAAAAAUAACAAAAUCCCAAAAAAAUUGAACCUCUUUAUAAGCCCUUUUCCCGAGUCAAUUAAAAACUGACAUUUUUUAUGGUCUCUCGAACACCAUUGCAGAACACCUCAAUGUCACUGCCGGGUUCCAAGGAGAACUCACUUUUCACGUAACUUGGAGCAGUAGGAACUGCCAAGCGUAGAAUAUCAGUGCUCAUGUUGGGUUGAACCAGAACCGUAGUCUCCUCACGAGCAAUGAUGGUUGAAGGGGAUGCAACCAAAACAGGAUGAGGAACAAGGAUGUGACGGUUGACAAGUUCACGGAUACCAAGAUGACUGCCCUCUGUCGUCAAGGUACGUGUGUGGAAAGGAUACACAGACUUCGUGGCUUGAAUUUCAGCCAGGAGAGCACGAGCAGUCUUCAACUUGAGCAUGUAGGAAACAUUAACAUCGUGAACAAAUACGGUGGGUUUCAAGUCGGGGUGCUCCUUCAGUCUGUUGAUAGGCUUCGAUGACAUGGAAAUGUCAAUUAACCAAGCUUCUUGAGGCAUUACUGACCACUCAUCAGUGUUCUCAAGUCCAGCAAGAUCAUCGUCACCCUUCGCGGCCUGUUGUUUUUCCUUCAACUCCUCUUCCUCGGGCUUAGGCCAUUCAACAGAGUGUUUCAAGUCUGCACCAUCAGCAACAUAGUCUUCCACGUUAGUUUGGCCAACAAGAAAUCUUUUAAUGCGACGAACGCGAGAGCCGGGGCAAACGUGAACGUGGAACUGAGCUGCAGCCUCUUCAACGAUAGCGCGAAUACGACUCGGGGUAAUAGGGUUGGCUGCGUUUGCCGAACCCAAUAAUUUGGUAACACCGUCAGCAGCAAAGUGAGCAGCACAAAUAGCGUCGGCUCCGGGACCAAUAUAGGGUCCCAUACCAGGUGUAGGUUGGGGUGUAAUGACGAUGGUAUGUGCGAGAGACGCAGUAUAGCCAUCAAUGUGAAAAGCCAUAGCAAUUUUCACGACAUCGCCAAUUUGCAAAACAUAACUGUCGUCAACCUCAGCAUUAACGGCAGGAGAAUAUCCACGAGCACAGUUAUUGACGGAAAUAGAUGUAGGUUCUGCAAUUCCCUUUUCGUAUUUUGACGAUUUGUACACCGUAGCUGCCUAUUUCAAUCAUCGCGUUAAUAACACC